CAAAAAGAAAAAAAAUCUGGCUGGGAUCCGGGAGCAUUAUUGAUUUAGAGGAGAUUUUCUAAAUUUUAUGAAUAAAAGGCAGGGAUCAAAGUAAAUUUUAAAAUUUUAUAGAUUCGUCGCCGUUCUAGGCCACUCUUUUGCCCUCGUUUAUAUUCAAAAGUGUUUAAAUUAUCGCUAGUUUAUCUUGGGUGUUUACAAAGUGUUCCCUUUUUGUUAUUAAAAAAAGACCCUUACUGCCAAAAAUGACUACAACAAUGAUUGCAGAUCAAGAAUCUACAAUCAAAGAUUCCCUUUUUGAUUUUGUAAAAGGACACAUUCCUGAUGCUGACUUGAAUUUAAUUGACGAGAUUGUGUUGUCCUAUGUCAUUGCUUUUUUGGAAGAUGUCGGUUCUGAUUCACAUUUUGAUGUUGAAGGUUUUUGUGAAAUGAUGGAGGCAUACUUUCCAGAAUUCGGGGCAAUCAAUCACAGCAUCGUCUGUGAAUGGAUGUUUGCCCUAGAAGAAAAACUAAGCAAAACAUCCAAUCAGGUUGAAGCCAAAAGCAUUAAUAUUGAUAUUAGCUUGCCCGAAAUAGUUCCUAAUAAAGUCAAAACCAGAACUCAUAGCAGCAACUCCGAAAGCUUCGAAACUCCAAAACGUGUUCAUAAGUUGUCCGAGAUGAGCGAUGGCGGGUCCACUGACAGUUCCUGUUGUGACUUUCCUGAUGAAAUGGAUAUUUUGCAGGAAAUGUUUCCGUCUGUUUGUACUAUUGAGGUUAAGCAGUGCUUAGCGAUAGCAGCUGGGGACAUUGAACGCGCCACCCAAAUUCUAAUUGAUCGUCAAGAAAACGGGCAAUGCUUAAGCCAAAAUAAUACUUUGACCAUGCAAGUUGCCAAGCAAACUAUUGACGAUGCUGAAUUGAAAAGCAGAAUUAUUGAGAGAUAUUCUUAUGUUGAUAAAGACGCUUUGAAUAAGGAAUAUCGUCCGGUAGCUCCAAAAGUGGAACCGAAAAAAUUAGUGCGAUAUCGCGACAACAAGAUAGUGAGCCUCAAAGGGGAGCGUUACACCGAAGUGAAAAAAGGGGACGAUGUCGAGGACAUUUCUUUAAAGAAAAACAAAAAAGGCCAAGCCCACACCCCGUAACCAAGUGGUUACACGGGCCCUGGCCAACACUCGGAUUUUCCUCACCCUAAUAAGUUUAUUUACUUACCCGUUUUCUUAAUUUCGAAUAUUUUAGUGUUACUGUAUAGUUUCGGCUCCAAUCAAUUCUCGAAUUCUCCCCACUCGCUAGUCUGUAGAAGAUUACAUUUUUUAGGUUAUUUAUUGUUAUUAUUAUUAUUAUUACUAGUAUUUGUAGUAGUAGUGUCGAAAUAUGUGUUGUUAGGUAGUCGCCCAAAUUUAAUGUCGCUUCGUAGAUUGGUACUUGAUUCGUUUAGUGUUCGUGACGUAUUUAACUAGCUAUAGGGAGCAAGUGUCGGAUCUGGUCGGUUUGGAGGGCACACAAAAAAAUGACUAUUUUUAUCAGUUUUUUUUGUUUUCUAUUUGAUGUGUUCGUGAUAUCGGUGGUUGUAAUACAAGAGAAGAUAAAUGUAGAUGACACUAAUUUACGAUCGGAAAAAGUAUAGGAACAAAAAAGUCAGAUCUUAUAUACAUCACUAGAUCCCUAAUAACACAGAAACAUGUUAGGAACAUGCCAGCAAUAACCCUAUUUCCUUACACAGGUACCAAAAAUGUUUCUGCAACAUUUUAGAAUGUCGUAUGUGUCGCUUUGUGAAAAUUUUUUUUUGUGGUUUUUUUAACUGUUGGUAAUAAAAAAUUUAAAAAUUUUUAAAACUAUUUGCAGGUUUCUAUGACCUUGUAUAGUCAAGGUGAGAGAUGUACACUACAGUGAACACCAUGGCCAAGCACUGACAAAGUGUAUAUAAAAAAUACUCUAUAACUUACUUUAUAUCAGUUUAUUUAGUAUGAAAACCGUGAAAACAGUUUUUUUCUCUACUAACGCAAAGAGAUAUGUUACAUUUAGAACAUUUUAUAUAUGUGCGGGACUUACACUGAGCUUCUUUGCACCUCCCUAUUUUGUCACAAAAUAUAGGAAAAUGGCCGAUAUUAUCAAAACGUAAAUCUAAAACAGGUCUAAUUUGUUUAUUGGUUUGAGUAGGUACCAACGGAGUGUUUUGAGGACUUGCCGCACCUGAAGAAGUCGUUGGUCUUCCUCGUUUUCUUUGUAGGUAUUUUUCCACAUAAUAUAAGAGAUUUAGCCAAAUCUUGACGAAAAUGAAUUAGAUCAAUGACAUUUUUUUUAGGUACACCAAGCUUUUCAGCAUUUUUCUUGUACUCUAACCAUGAAUUUACAACAGCCAUAUCUAAGGCAUGUGAAAUAAGUCGAACCGUCCAUUUUCUUGAUCUAAUAAAGGACCUAUAAAGGGAGAUCAGAAAAUCGCACUUAUCCACACCUCCCAUUCCAUUAUUGUAAAGUGACACUACUUUUGGUCUUCGAACUUCUAUCCCAUCUUUGACACAUGUCAUGUGGAGAAACUCCAACAAAAUUGGAACCAAGAGUAACCACACUCCUGUCGACCCAUUUGGUCAAGAUAACACCGGAAUUUUGACACAUUUUCCAUGAAUCCUCUCUCUAAUUUUUUCUUAUUUUCCUGGCGGUCCGUAAAUGGUGGCUUGGAAAAUCGAUCUUUUCGAAUCGUCCCGGCUGCAUAAAUUUGCUUUUUAGAUAGCCAAUCGAAAAGCCAAUACGAGCUGAAGUAGUUGUCAAAAAAAAGUUUAGAUUGUAAUGGCAUCCGUUCUGACAAUUGCAUAACAACAGCAGGCCAAAUAAUUGGUAUUCUGUUUUUAAUUCUGUAGCGGCACCCUGAUAAAUGAUAAAAUCAUAAAUUGUUCCCGACUCAACUUUAUGCUCCACUUUGUUAGCUUAUUUUUAAUAUAUUGUUUUAUAUUUAGGGAGCCUUUGAAUGGAACCAUUUGUUCAUCCACACUGUAUACUUCUUCGGGAUCCAACAAGUUGAACCUUUUUUUUAUGGAGUUAUAUAAAGGUCGUAUUUUCCAUAGACGAUCUGCGGAAUUUUUGUCUUCCUCUGUAGUAAAAUGCAUGUUAUUUCUUAUCUUAAAAAAUCGAUUUACAGACACAUUUUUAGAUAUUAGAGAUAUAGAAAAUGUUGGCUCCCAGUACAUGCGCACUCUUGGAUAACUUAAAUUUCCUAUAAUAAGCAAGAUUCCUAAAAAUGUCUUCAGCUCAGGAACGGUUGUGGCUGGAAAGUUAGCUACAGCAUUUUGUACUGCGUAAAAAUGUGUUUUCUCCAUACAGGACUCUAGCAAUUUGUCAGUAAAAUAUUUAGAAAAAAAUCUAAAGGUGAUGGCAAAUUUCUUACCUCGGAUUGAGAGGGUUGAAAAAAGUGAAUUGAAGGUGACAUUUCAUACAUUCCUUUUAUCCACCUUAUAUCUUUUUUUUUUGUAUAAGAUUUUGUGAAUCAAAAUACUGCUUGGCAUAUUCAGAGGCAAGAAGCAACUUCAGAUUUUUCGGAGCUUACACUCGGGUCUGGGAUAGCUUCAUUGAAUGAAGAAUCUUCCAACUUCCAUUGAGACAAGGGCUAGUAGGACUCUCAAAAAGUUCAUCUAAAAUACAAGAAUUUGUUUGCAAUAACUCGAAAAAUAAAACUUUUUUUAUGUUAUUUAUUAUACCUCUUGAGGAUACAUUAUCUAUUUCUUCCCAACCGUCGUCAACCUCUAACCCCAAUUCCUCUAACUCGGAAUCAUCCCCAUUGAUGAGUUCAAACAACUCGUUGUCCCCUAAUGGUUUAGUCCAAUAUCUGUCAGUCACGACGUACACUAUAAUGUACAUAAUUUUAAUUCAUCAUAUCUACUUAUCUAAUAAUCUUUUUGCAAAAUACUAUUAUUUUGUGCUUACCUGAUCUAAUAAUUAUUAUAAUAAAAAUAUCUAACGCCUUUUUGUAAAAAAAAUAGCGUAAAAAACUUUGUAAACAUUAAAGAAGCACGUGUCUAAUGAGAAUAUGCCGGGCAACUGUUCACACAAACAUCAAUAUUAUCAAACGUUCAUAUUUGUACUUGACGCGACAUCUAGAGAAUUAAGGUGACACUACAACACUUUCGUGUACAACGUUACCAUCACCUAUUCGAAACCAGCUACACGGAUUAAAUCUUAUGAAAGUAGGUGUACACUGUAGUGUACACCAUGACUUAAAGGGUUAAGAUCCUAUUAAAAUAAAAAUCAAAAAAGUAUGCCAUUUCUAUGGCGGUUAAUAUAAUUUUUAAUAUAUAAUUUUGAUAAUUUUCGGAUAGUUUUAUAAAAUGUCUGUAGAGAAGUAAAUGAAAUGUUAUGGUGUAAUGGUACAUUUUUAUUUAUAUUUUUUAGACAAUACUUAGUCAGAAACUGUUUAAAACCUUUAAUUUCAAACUCUUUGCACUUUUAUUUUAUGGCAGCUAAAACUUUUACACGCGUACAAAAAUGACAUAGUAAAAUAUUCCUAGAUCACCGUAUGAGAAUAAUACCAGCAAUGUUUUACAAAAGUCUUCAUUAGGAUCUACGAUAAAUGUCCGAAAAAUUGGGUCAUAAAUGGUGAUUAAAUUGUAUGUUUCUGGCAUGUCCUGUGUUCUCUCUGUGAUCUUUUUUCCGGCGCCAUAUCUUUCCAUAUAAAGUCUAAGAAAUAAAUCAGAAAAGUUAGUUUAAUCAUAAAAUUUGGACUUAUUAAGUACUUUGGAUAUGGAUUUUUUUUCAAGACUAGAUCUCGAGAAUUUUUUAUUUGGCUCAGAAUUAUUUGCUGAAAUUCCUCUAAUAUUGAUUUAUAGGUCAGUAAGAUUACAGUAAAAAUAGUUCAUAGCGUUUUUAGAGAAUAACCUUAUAAUUUUACUGUCUAGAAGGAUUUCUAUUAGAUCCUAAAAUCUUAAGAUUUUGUGUACUCUCAUGUACAAUAAAAAAAUAUUGAAUAUUUUAGCAGUCAAACUUUAGAAAAUUAAAUGUUUUACCAUCAUUAUUUAUGACUAGGUAAUGUAAUAAUGUGCAGGCAUUCUUCUAUCUUCCAAUAUAAAGUCUAGGAACCAAAUUAGAAGAAGUUUCUUGGUAUGUAAAACUUUUUAGAUUAAAGGGAAUUUUUUCUAGAAAACUGCCCAAAAUUCCUAUAAUCUUAAUUUGUCGGUCACUAUACUCGAAAGUCCUUGAUAUUACAAGAAUUUUUUUUUUAAUCGUUAACCCAGAUAUUGUCACUGUUCUUUUAAAAGCCAUACCUGCCAUUUUGCCAGAAAAAAACUUUUUUCAUUUAUUAUUUUAGAAGAUAAGAUGUACACCCCUGGCCAUAAAAAUAAAAUAGUAAAGCAAAUUAUUAAAUUUGCCUUUACGUGAGUCAUUUGCGAGAAAUUAGGUGUUCUUUUUAAAGGACAGUGGCAUAAUGCACUACUAUAUAAUCUCGUAACAUACUAAUAAAGAGCCCUUAGAACAAAAAAAAACUUCAAAUAAACUAUUCUUUUGUGUGAUAUUGCUCGAAACAAUCCUUGGGAUGUAAGGCUACUUUACACUUUUUUCGAAAAAUGUUGCUUUUUUUGUGACACAAAGCACAGCGAGUUUGCUUUUCUUGGUAAGCAACCAGAUGAUCCACUCGAUCAUAUUUGGAAAAUGCAUGUGCUUCUUUUGGAAGUUUACUUGUCCUUCCUUCCGAUUUCUUUUUGAAUGAUUCCAGUAUUCCCACCGCAAUGGACCGUCUGAAACUAACAUGAUCCAUUUUUCCAUCAUUGAAUUUGUGAAGACGCCACGAGUUUUGUAGAGCCAUAUCAACAAAAUGACUAAAAAGGGGGAAGUACCAUUUUUUGCCUCGAAUGGAUGUUCUGUAUAAAUUUAUGUUUUGGUCUGCCCUGUCUACUCCGCCCAUGUUUUCGUUAUAUAUUUUUAUAAUAUGCGGCUGUGGGACGAAAAUCACCUUGUUAACUUUCUUACAAAAUCUUUUGACUUGUAUAGUUGGAAAAACCAAAAGAAAAAUUGGAAGCGAUAUUGACAAUACUAUUGUCAUGCCACUUGCAGACCACAAUUUCAUUCUCUUCUGUUGUAGUAUAGUGAAAAUUACCAGGUGGUUGUUUCUUUAUUUCACUGGCUGUCACUAUUGGGCAAUUUUUCGGUAAACGAUUUUCCCGAAUUGUUCCAGUACCUUUUACGCCUCUAGAUUUUAAUUCAGAAAGCAGCGGCAACGACGUAAAUAAAUUGUCAAAAAAGAUGUAAAUGGUAAUUCAUGUCUUUUUGAGAAGCCGUUAAAGCAUCUACUAACUCAAGGACAAUACUUGCGCCCAUUCCUAAAGGUUUAUAUUCAUCUGACAGUUUAGUAUUUGAGCCUUGAUAUGGCUGAAACCACUCAAUAUAUCCUAAUCUGUUGCUUCCAGUCCAUAUUUUAUAUCCCCAGCGAAUGGGUUUCCCACGAAUGAAUUGUUUCGUUGGAUGUCUUCCGUAGUAGGUCACCAUCGACUCGUCUACACUGUGAUGCUCGGCUGGAGGGGCUAUAUCCAUAAACUUUUUAUUCAAAAGAUUUAUCAUUGGACGAAGUUUUCGAAAUCUGUCAUCAGGCACAAGAUUAGCAUUGUCGCAACAAUGUAGAUUUUGCAUUAUAUGACGAUACCGGUUUCGAAUUAGUGACCAAGCUAUUGUUAGUAUCAGGAGAAUUUUCCCAGUAAUUUCCUGACGCGAAAAACAAUUGUAGCCACUUAGUAACAAUAUUCCAAUAAAAUAACGCCUUUCAUCGUUUGUUACAUCAGCAUUACGAUUAUUACUACUGGCGUACAAAUUUGUGUAAGUGGCCAGCAAGUUUAUCAUUUCAUCGUCAAAAAAUAAAAAGAACGUGUCAACUGGCAACUGUUGUUGUUUUGGCAUACAAACAGCCUCCCAAGUAGUUAAAUCAGAAGUGAUGUCAUUCUUGGUCCACGAAAAUUCAUUUUUUGCUUUCGCUGGCUUGGACAUUUUUUUUCUUUUUACAAGACGAGAUAAUGGUAAACUAUCUUCACUAUCGGUCGUAUGUACUCUCAGGAUCAACAUUUUCAAAAUUUGCCUCAGCAUUAGCUCUAAGCUGUCCUCCAGGUAGGUUAUUUAUGUCCAUGUUACCUUUAUCGCCACUGUCUUCAUCUGUUAUAUCAUCGUUUUCAGGUGAGAAAAUCACUAUUUUAGUGGGAACUGCGUUACAAAGUUCCAACUCCUCUGCCUCAGCUAAGAGUUCGUUGAGUCAAAGGUCUUUUCCAGUAAUAACUAAAAAAAAAACAACUCUUUUUAAUGCCAACAGACAUAAAAUAGACAAAAAUUUAGGCAACACAGACGAUUUGAGCAUUAUUCGAAAAUAUAUUAUUUUGUUAUCGAGCUAUAAAAAUAUUUAUUUGGUCAAAUUUGGCAGUGGAUUUUGCUACUGGGCUUUUAAAUGAACACACAUACAAACACUAACCUAACAUAAAAACCAUAAACUAUAUCGAUGUCAUAUUUAUUGUUGAAGAGAUACCUAUUGUUUAUUUAUACAAUUUUGUAAAUUAUAAUUUUAUUUUACAAGUAUUUUAAAAUAUAACUUACCUGGAAAAAUUUUUGUCUUUUUGCAUUUUUACACCAAAAUAAAAAACUAUAUGUUUACAAAACAACACUCAUCGAAAACUAAUGCCGGCCACGAAACACGUGUGCAACUAAAUAUACAUUAGCGAAAAAGUAAUGCCAACUCUAGUAGAGCAACCUAAGUUACGCUACAGGCGCCUAUUGAUCGAUGGCUUUUAAAAGUACAGUGGCUAAAUAUGAUGUCACUUUUUUUACUAGUUCUGGCGUUAUCUGGGUUAAAUCUUUUUCAAAUCAGAUUUUGAGCUAAAUUGUUGUAAUAUUGGACUAGCAAGAACUAGUAGUUGAUUCAUAUUUCUUGAAAGCAUUUAUCAAAAAAUUAAAUGUUAAUACUUCAAAUAACAACAUUUAAUCUACGCAAGAAUAUAAUGUGUGACUAUCAGCGCCUAGUAUUUCACAUUUCUUGGAAAACGGCGAAUAUUUUUGAUUUCAUACAAAAGUCUUUAGGGUUUUUGUCAAAAUUCAUCUACUGUCAAGUCCCAUUUAAAUGAAAGAAACAUAUCAAAAUUCGAUUUCAUCAGCCACCAUGUUUCGAUCACAAAACCUUGUUUCUCCUAUGAAUAAAUGUGAUAAUUUCUUCCUAACCUUCCCUGAAAAAAAAUGUGAUAAAAACCGCCCGUCCGCGCCUCGCACUUAAUCCGACUACUUGCUCCAUUUUGAUGUUUACACCGUAAGUAUUAUAUCUAUCGUAUAUUAAGAAUUACUAGUCAUUUUAUUGUAUUUAACUGUUUUCAUUUAAAUGGGGGUUUUGUGAGGUGGAACUCUAUUUCCCCGUGCAAAAUCUAUCAUUUAAAUAAUUUCAAGAUGUACCUUUUUAUGCUACAGGGUAUUGUAUAUUAAGUUCGGACAUUUAGUUCCUUUUUUAUUUUUAAAGAAGAGAAACUAAAUGCAAAACAAAAUAAUCAUUUGGUUGUAACGUACCCUUAAAUAUAUAUUUAAUUAUAUUUGUUCACAAAAUACUGUGAUUCACUUUGUGACUGGCUGACUUUAGGUGCUGUUCUACAUGUACAAUCGGAUUCAAAAAGUUGGAUCCCUAUGAGUUUUUUUGCGAUAAAAUAUUGAAUUCGGAUAAGAUGUGAAAUGAAUAAACUAUAAUAAUUAAAAAAACCUCAUAUGGGUACGACAGUUUGGCCCGUAAGGGAUGAAAUACUCUUAAUUUUUUUUUAAAGAAGUAAGACCUAAAGUAUAGUCAGCCGAGAUUUGAUACUUAACAUUUUUAACCUAAAAUAAGUUGUAUUAUUUUAGUACGUAGUAGACUGCAACUAUUUUCACAUUUGUUUAGAUUUAAGUAUAUAAUUUAAAAGAACAAUUUCUGUGCAAAGCCAGUAAUAGUUCUCUCGAAUCUCUUUGUAACUUAAGUUUUUCGAUUUGUAUGUUGUUUCUUUAUUUUGAAAUAUAUACCACAUAAUUAUGAUGCAAUAAAGAA